UGGAGAAGGGCAGGGCAAAGGCCAACACUCCAGGAAAGCACUACCACAGGCCAGGAGCAAGUGGCCUGCACUGAGCAAGGAUCCUGUACCAGCCCGGCUGUGUGGGGCCAUGAGCUCAGUGCUCUCGAUCUUCUUGCAGGAACUCCCCGGCCCAUUCCUAGUCCUGGGGAUCUUCCUGCCUGUGUCUUUGCUGCUUUUCCUUCUGAUUGCCUACUUCAGGAUCAAACUGAUGGAGGUUGAUGAAGAAGCAACCCAGAUUUCCGAUCGCCAGAACAAGUAUGGUUCUUCCCUACAUAGAAGAAUGAGACAAAGAUGACCAUUGGGAACACUCAGCAGACAAAGCACCAUGAAUUUCUAAAGGUUGUGGAGCAGUGGUGGACAGAACCCCAGGGAAAGGAGAAAGAACAGUGAACGAGUCAGCUGCUAUCAGAGGACUUGUGUGUGAUCCAGAACUAAUGGCACUCCCUCAGAAAGUACCAGGACCUUAAGCUUUUCUGUAAUAUGCUCAAUGCAUCGAGUGCAGCAUAAGCAUCCUUUAUUGUGACUGCUUAUUUACUUUAGAGGGACUAUUUUUAAAAUAAAAGUCCUAGAUCUCAUCAUAUCACUCUAUAAUUUUCCCUUCAAGAGUAAGGAAACCCUGAGAGAAAUCAAACAAAGAGCAGAAGAUGGUGGAUGCCUUGAGGGGAGCCCUUCGGAUGCUCUCCCUACACAAGAGUCCUUCCAUUUGGCCCUCUAGCCAGUCUGAAAUAUGGGACUUUCAGACAGCACUCAAGGCCCGACUUUGUGUCUCUCCUUUUCCCAACUGCUUUCUUAAGCCAUCUCUGUGGCAGGAUGUAGCCAACAAGUGAAAUCUCAGCAUAUUGGUCGCUCAUCAACAUGGCUCUCCACACGAUGGCGAUAUCAAUAAGGUGAUACCUGCGGAAGGAAGCCAAAUGUGCAUCAAUCCCCCAGAAGAAUAAUUCAAGGUUUUUUGUCUGUUUGUUUUUUAGUAAAACCCAAACACUAGGAACUGUUUCUAAAUAGAAAGUCAACGAUUCACUAGCAAAACUGCUACCAUUUCGUGGGCUCUAAAGAACAUAACAGAAAAAGGGCCAUUUAGUUCAUGCUGGCUGCUAAGUCAAUUAUGCUUACUGAGCUCUCCUGAUUUUUCUAGUUAAUGGCAACAAAAUGUUCAGAGCUCCCCAAGUCUAGCUGAAUUUCAACCUUUGCACAUGAUUCCGUGGUUCUUUGAGUGGUUUUAUGCAACAGCCAGUGUGGUCUUUUUUUUUUUUCCCUCACCAAUUUUGGUAGUGACAGUCAUCCAAGACUAUAAUGAUCAAAAGCCAGAAUGUCUCACUGCAGCCUGGUAUUUCCUGCUUUCUCCUUUCGGCCGCACCCUGGAAUUCUUCAGUCUUCCAGUGAGCUUUCUGUUGGCUCUCAGUUCAACUGAAAGUACUGUUUUCUCCAUUUUAACAGCACUCAAUUCUAUGGAGAAUGUGCGCUGGACCUCCAAGAGUUGGGUAAUUUCUUAGUGUUCAUGCCAUAUGGAAGAAAUAACACAAUUCUUUCUGUUCUGGGAAGGAUCUCCUUUUAGCCCCUGUAGUGGAAGGCAGUGUGAAAGGACAUGGCAGAGUCCCAUGCUGGGCAGCUGCCAGCCAAAUCCGUGGCUGAGCAUCGGUUUCCUCCCUCUUCCCCAGAAACAGGAACUUCAGAAGUCUGAGCUUGGGCUCUGGUGGAGGCCUGACUGCCAUGCUAACAGAUGAGCUUGGAACAUGCGUGUUUUAUAUAUUAAGCAUAAAACACAUUAAAGAAUGACUUUGUGUUGCUGAACACAGCAAGAGCAAAGAAUUGACAAAA